GCAACGCGGACGAACCUGGGGGAUCCUCCGAGAAGACGGUGAAAAGAUAACAAAUUAGGGAGAAAUUAAGACAAAGCAGUGAGCAACAGCCGGUAGUGGCUAUUGUUAAAUUGACUGAGGCGAGUCGCUGAACCAUUUACUGGGUCAAAAUGAACAUCGACGAGGCGGCAGCUCCGAAACCUGUCACCGACGAUGAUGGUAUGACAUGGUGGUAUCGAUGGCUCUGUAAAAUCGUUGGGGUUCUGGGCGGAGUAUCAUGUGCCAUCUCAGGAGUGUGGAUGUGUGUCACUGUCAACCCUUUAAACAUCGCUGCUGGAGUAUGGAUGGUGUUGAAUGCCUUUGUGCUGUUCCUGUGUGAAGUCCCAUUCUGCUGCCAGUUCAUUGAGUUUGCAAACGCAGUGGCAGCUAGAGCUGACAAAUUCAAGCCAUGGCAGAAAGCCUUCUUCUACUGCGGGAUGGCACUGUUUCCCAUAUUCCUGAGCUUCUCCAUCACCACGUUGUUUGGGAAUGCCAUUGCCUUCGCUACGGGAGUCCUCUAUGGUCUCGCCUCCCUGGGCAAAAAGGGCGAUGCGGUGAGUUAUGCCAGGCUGAAUCACCAGAAACUGGGGGAUGAGGAGAAGCUGACCGGGAUGACUGACGGGUCAAUAUAGUGACAUGGCUCAUCCCUCCGGUCUCACAGAGGAGGAACACUAUCCUUAACCAAGGGACAAAGAUGUCAACCCCUCUCCCUCACCAUCCCAUCUCUUUUACCCCACCUCUCCCUCUCUGUUACUGGGUUUAUUUAUGUAUCUAAACUGCUGCAUCUUUGUCUUAUUUGAUGAAAUGUGUCCGAAUAGAUAACUAGAUUUUAUGUAAUUUGGCCCUUUUUAUAGUGUGAAUUUAGUUUUCCAUGCCAUUUUAGUUCAUGUAAAUGUUUAGCGGUUGUUUUAAUACGUUUUGGGGGUUAUUUAUUCAUUUUUUUUGUGCUGUUUUGUUGUCCUGGUUACUGGGGAAUCCAUUUUUGGCAAGUAGGAAAAGGAAUGUACCAUUUUAGCUAAUCCGCCUUUCAGGAAACCUGGGCGAUAGUGAAAGUGGAAUUGUAGUUUUUGUUAAGGAAUUUCCCAAGUCAUCUUACUCUGCUUGUGCCACCGGCAAUUGGAAAUUCGGCCAUUGGGACAGUAAUCCCAAAUGUAUAUCCAUCCAGUGUACCCAAAGAUGGGAGUACUCUUUUAUAUUGGUUACUUGAGAUAUGAACAAGUUUCCAACUGAACAGUUUGAACAAACAUUGAGAACAUUGCAUGUUUACAGAGGACAUAGAACUAUGAUGUCACAGUGAAUCCUAACAACAGUUUUCAGUGCACAAAUAAGAUUAGCUAUCUUAUCAGCUUUUGGGGCAUUCUACAAAUUUGCUUGUAAUCAAACAGUCACAGGUUGCUACAGGUUGUGUAUAUCAUGAGAAGAAAAACAGAUUUAAGGGCUCAAUUCAAUACAUCUCUUGGAAGUUCAGCGCUGUAGUGCAAUUGAAGUUCAAAGGUAAUGAACUUUCGUGGAGACUCCACUUUCGUGGAGACUGUAUUCACGGUAAACGAUGCACAUGUUGGCUCAAUCGGAAAUUACUUUAACAUUUAAAUCACGCUAUAGCGCUGAACUUCUGCGACACAAAUUGAAUUGGGCCCUAAAGAAAGGCUAUGGUGCUUUAGAACCUAUCUAUUGUUGGUGUUCUCUUCUGGAACCUGAAUUGAUCUUGAACCCGGUUGAUCUAUGCCACUUCAGAAUGUUUGUUUUCGACUCUAUAUCCUAGUGCGAUCUAGCCUUCUGACCCAUGGAAGGAGCAAGUUAAAGGUUUAAGGACUGUGAUGAGAUAAUGUCUUGAUUCAGGGACUAAUAGUGUGUAACACAGCACACAAAGCAAAUAUUAGCCUUUUUUGUUAAUCAGAUAGGAGAUACAAUCUUCUGUCCAACCUCUGAUCGCAGGUGAAAUGUGUUGUUCAGCAACAUGCUACUGUUGUUUUUUUGGUUGACUCUUUUGGUGAAAAGUAAUGCAUUGAGUUAGCUUGUUUGGCCACACCUCUUACAGUAGUGUAUCUCGCACAUUAUCUCUGGAUUGGAAAUUAUUUCAAUCAGGCAUAUUUUUAUUUUUUUAUAUACAUCAUACAGGGUAACUAGCAAGAACACUAUUGCAGGUCACUUUAACCAAUGCAUAGGUACUAUCCACAUACAUGUACAAAUGAACCAGCUUUUGUUAAAAGGAAUCAAACACUACAGGCACACAAGCGAUAUUCUAUCACUUAGGAAUAUAUGCAACGUAGUCGUGUUAGCAGCUAUCUAAUGUUGCUUCACAGUUAACUAUUUUUCCUUGACAGAAAGCAACUGGGAAUUUCAUGAAUGUUUCAUCCAUUGACCCAAAGGUCUAUAUUGCCCAUGGAUCAUUCUCAUAAAAUUGUCCAAAACAUUC